AUGAAAACCGUUUUCGUAUUAGCUUUCGUCGUUGCUCUGGCUUUGACCGCUCCCCUGGGCGAUUCCAAUGACAACAUCUACGUUGAUGGAUACAAAUUUUCGUUCGAAUCCAGCGAUGGACAAAGUGACCAGGAAAAAGCCAGACAGAGGCGAUUUGCCGAUGAUGUCGAAGCUCUGGUCGUCCGUGGCUCAUACACCUUCACUAGUUCCGAUGGCCAGGUCUACACCUUCAACUACGUUGCUGACAAAAAUGGAUUCCAGCCAGAAGCUGCCCAUCUGCCCACUCGCCAGGAGGAGAUUCCACCCCAUCGGAGGUUCGAGGGGCUUGAGCAUCAGUCCCUCGGUAAUAUGUGGAAGCGAUCGGUAACCAUCCAGGACGCUAUCCUCAUACCUGUUGAAGGUGACCCGACCUCCACUUCCUCGGUGGGGGCAACGUUGUCCCAAAGCCUUCGCCCCCCGUCGACUGCCCGACAUGAUCCUGGGACGCCAGAUGUGCGUCGGGAGUGUGUCGUACGGGGGCACCCGGGACACUUGCGGUACGACACAUCCACACGACACCUAGAUGGGAUCCCGGCGAAGGUACGAGCAGAGGACCCGUUCCCAGAAACCCAGCACCCAUGCAAGUAUCACGAUCAAAGCCCGUUCGUUCCCGGGGACAGUUCCUUGUCCUUCAAUGGAAUGUUCGUGGUUUCUGGUGUAACGAGGCGGAACUAA